CGGUUGCGCCUGCGCAAGUCAUUGGCGCCAAGAUGGCGAUGGAGAUGAGACUUCCAGUGGCUCGCAAACCUCUUAGCGAGAGCCUGGGUCGCGAGACUAAAAAACACCUGGUAGUGCCGGGAGACACGAUCACUACAGACACGGGCUUCAUGCGGGGUCAUGGAACGUAUAUGGGGGAAGAGAAGCUCAUAGCAUCUGUGGCUGGCUCUGUGGAGAGAGUAAACAAGUUGAUUUGUGUGAAAGCUUUGAAAACCAGAUAUAAUGGUGAAGUAGGAGACAUUGUAGUGGGGAGAAUCACAGAGGUUCAACAGAAGAGAUGGAAGGUGGAGACCAACUCCAGGCUGGAUUCGGUCUUGCUUCUCUCAUCCAUGAACCUUCCUGGAGGAGAGCUGAGGAGAAGAUCUGCGGAAGAUGAGCUUGCAAUGAGAGGUUUCUUGCAGGAAGGGGACCUUAUCAGUGCUGAGGUCCAGGCAGUGUUCUCUGAUGGAGCUGUUUCUCUUCACACGAGGAGUCUAAAAUAUGGAAAACUAGGCCAGGGUGUGUUGGUCCAGGUUUCCCCCUCCCUGGUAAAACGGCAGAAAACUCACUUCCAUGACUUGCCAUGUGGUGCCUCAGUGAUUUUGGGUAACAAUGGCUUCAUCUGGAUCUACCCAACACCUGAGCACAAAGAAGAAGAGGCAGGGGGCUUCAUUGCAAACCUGGAGCCUGUAUCUCUUGCUGAUCGAGAGGUGAUAUCCCGGCUUCGGAACUGCAUUGUCUUGAUGGUAACUCAGAGGAUGAUGCUCUAUGAUACUAGUAUCCUGUACUGCUAUGAAGCGUCCCUUCCACAUCAGGUACUCUGUUCAGGGCUUCCCUCUUCUUCGCCGACCUGUGAGCAGGCAUUAGGUGUUCAUCCGUCAGCUCCAGUGUUUCCACAGUGACACAAAGUACAUCUUCCCAAAUACCUUUACCAUGUCCAUCAGUAUGAAUUGGUCUGAGGGGCAGCCUUAAUGAGCAUGUGGUAGAUCUUCCCCUAGAUACUUGCAUUAUUCUCAGUGCCUUGUGGGGUAAUGGUUAAGCCCUUGGCUGCUAACUGAAAGGUUGAUGGUUCAAAGCCACCAACCCCUCUGCUAGAGAAAAGACCUGGUCAUCUGCUCUCAUGAAGAUUACAGCAGUUCUACUCUGUCCUAUAGGGUUGCUAUGAGUCAAAAUCAACUCAAUGGCACACAACAAGAAAAGUAUCAACCUGAAGAUUUAGGGAGAUGGACGUUCCAGAUGGGAUUAGUUUAUGACAGCAACCCUUUGGACUUCAUCUUGCCCAUCCCAAAUUUAAUGAAUGUCAGAAUAGUUGUUCUUGUCAGCUAUAUCCCAUAGAAUCUUGCUGAUGUAUUAAGCUAAUUCUAGCAGAUCAUAUCUUGAAACACUUAGCCUCUGUAAGGGAAAGGCAUACAGAAGGUUUAUAUUAACUGUGUUUGGUUUCUAAGUUUGGAUUGGCUUGGUGAUCUGCUUAUGGUUGGUUUCUUUUCUGUCAAAUGCCUUUUUCCUUUUUUCAGAUCAAAGACAUCUUAAAGCCAGAGAUAAUGGAAGAAAUUGUGAUGGAAACGCGCCAGAGGCUGUUAGAACAGGAAGGAUAAGGAGAGGCACCUGCAGGACAGGACUGUCUGUACCUGGCUGAAGCCGUUCUAGAAAGUGAAGAAUCAAAUUGAUGGUCCCCAUGUGCAGCCCAGUAAAGAGCUGAGAAACUCAUCACUUGAUGCGCAUCAACAGCUGUGGGCUGCCACCAGCCUACAUACCUGCUUCCUCCUUCUAAGAGAGGACUGGGUGGAGAGGUGAACAGUGCCUCUGGCCCUUCUGGUAGGCUGAGUCCCAGCACUAGGGGGUAGUUUCAGGUCUUUGAAAGCGUGCAGAGUUCCAGCGAAAUGGACUUCCAUCCUGGAAUAAUGUGGAGGAUCCUUUGUCUUCCACUCACCAUCAUUCAAAGUGCACAAUACCCCAUGAAAUUGCCCCUAUAAAACACAUGGCAUCUCUGACCCCCAAAGUGUCUUUGUCUUCUAUUUCCAGCUCUAAAGUGCAAGUACAACAUUCCAGUUAAUCUAGCAGUCAAAUGGAAGAAUAAAGUUAACCAAGCCGUUGUUCGCUUGGUUUGACUCUUAUUUCCCAUUGAAUGUUUUUUCUAGUGAUGGCUGAAAAUAUAUCCGCCCCUUAACCUCUGUCCUGCCUUGAGGGGUGAGUUGUAAGAAGCUGAAUUAUUAUCGACAGCAGAGAGAAUGAAUGUUCUGGAUCCAUGUACCUUUGGGUGUUGUGACAAACAUGAAGAAAACAAAGUAAGAAAAACAGAUAGAAAAAGAAAAGCUGUUUUCCUCCUGUCAUUGAAGUAAUGCAUUUACUUUUGAAUUAAUUUGAGGUUAAAAGAUAAAAACAAGGUGUUGAUGUUCUCACCGAGGGAUUGUUUUUUCUGACGACUGCCUAAAAAUGGUGCCCUGAUUUAGGUUGUUGGGAAACAUUUUUUAAAGGCACUGUUUUAAAGGGCUGUUUAUUUCAAAUAUGUGGUAAACUACUUUUUUAUAUUACAAAGGUGGUGUUAACGCCAUUGAUUUGUGUUCUGUGUAAUAAUUGUAAUAACAGGAGGAUUUAGUGAAUAUAAGUUCCUUCUGACAGCUCCUGACUAUACUUGGGUUACCUAAUAAUAUUUGGCCCUAUGUUAGUUUCAAUGGCAGUAACUUUUGAACACUGCACUGCGCUUGAAAAAUGUGAAGUACAGAUUCGCCCUAUUUCAUUAAAUGGUAUUUUUUUCCUCUUAUUACUCAAUGGGCAACUUCUUAUGUCACUUUUUUUCUACCCCACCUUGUAUCACUGGUUUUCAUGAGUUUGCAGACUCAUCAAGAUUCUAUAGGCUAUGCUUUAACUUUAGAUUUUCUCAUUUGUUGUAUUUUUGAGAAAAAUUUCCAGGCCUUAAGCCUUUUGUUAGAAGGGAACAGGAGGGUUGGUGUCUGAGUGCCAGUUUUGGUUUUGACUAGGGCCAUAGCGAAAGCUCACUGAAAGUUUAUCCUUAUCACUUGGUCUUUCCCAAGGUGCCAGGCCUAUGCUGCUCAUUCAGUGUUGAAUCGUGAUUGCCUAUUAAGUGGAAAUUAAUAGAAGGUUUGAAAGCACCUUUUGGUGAUUAUUUUUUGUGGCCCACUAGAGGGCACCCUUGUUAAGUAUAAUUUCAGUAAGUUUAAAAAAGCUGAAAAUUUUACACUGGUGCUGAAUUCCUUUAGCAACCUAGUGGGUUUGCUUUGCUUUAUAAAAGCGAGAACAAAAUUAGACUCAACUAAAUCAUUGUUUAUGAAAAGGCUUUGAGCUUAAAGGGAUUUAGUCAACAUUUGGUAACAUUUAUUUGCUUUUGACAGAUGUUUGCUGGGCUCUGGAUCCAACUUUCAGUCCUCAAAAGUAUCAUUCUGUAGUGCUAUACAGGAAGUAAAAAAAUAUAGUGCCUCUCUAGAGAAAAAUAUUACAGCCUGGGCUUGGGGUUCACCUAAAACUAACAAGCAGUGGAAAAUGGACAUUAGCGGUAAUAAGCCUUCAGGUGAAGUGCAGUUGAUCUUUACAUUGCCUAUCAUGAAGCAUGGUCUCAGUCUUUUACUGUGGAAAAUCAAACAGUAUCUAAGAUGAUCCUCAUGAUAACCUCAUAAAGUGAGCAAAUAGGACCCCCACUCAUAGGCGAAGAAAUAGAUGGAGAGAAUUAAAGUGAUUUAAGCCCAUUAGCAAUUGUGAAUAAGAUACAUAUUUAAGGUUUAGAGAGGUAUUAUAAAGCCCUUCUUUAGAGUGUGGGUUGAGACUGAUACUUGGGUUUGUUACUUACUUUGUGUACUUGCUGUCCCUUAGCUAUGAGUCGGAAUCGAUGCCACUGGGUCUGGUUUUCUCCCAUGUAUGCUUCAUGAGGACAAGUAUGUUUUUUCCCCCACUGCUGUAUUCCAGCUCCUAGAACAGUGCUUGGCACAUCAUGUGUGCUCAAGAAAUGCUUGUUCAAUGAAUGGUAAAUAAACUGUUCAAGGAACAUGUAUUGGAUCUGAUUUGAUUGCCCAAAUUUAAGCUAAAUUAGAGAAUGAAGAUACAUGAAGAUGUGGAGGAAACGAGUAAAGCAUGAAUAGGAAUCAAAACAAAUUUUCCAAAAACAAAAAUGGGGGAGGGGGGAAGGGAAUAAUCAGGAUUAUGGGAAAAUAAAGGGGACCAAGGGUGUUAAAAUUUGAAGAAUGACUCAAAAGUUGCUACACUAGACGUCAGUCAGAUAUUCUGUGACAGCAAAGCUAAGCCAAUUAACAUCUGAAUUUGUACAUUAGUUAGAAAUCUAGGCACGUGUUUUCAUAUGCUUCACCUCCAAGUGACUCCUUUCCCCCUGAAGGUAAUACCUAUGCAAUCACAGCACCAUUUUACGUUCCAGCAAAAAUAUUUCUAGAAUACAUAACUCAUUUGUUGGGCUAAUGUGUCACCUACAUAUAGCAGGGGAAUGUACAACACUUAUAAUGGGGCUGUGGCUUCCCCCUAAUCAGCAACUUCUGAAAAAUCUAUUGUUUAGUAUUGCAUCAACAGUUAUUUGAUAGUGAAAAAAUGGGGAGUAAUAUUCCACGCAUUAUUGCACUGUAAUGAGGAUUAAGUGAAAAUGCAGUUGAUGAAAAGUGCUUAGUAACAGUGCUGGGCGUAGAGUAGGCGCUGUGAUAAGUAGAUCUCCUUAGAAAUGAGUACAUCCCGACCACAUGCAAUGCUUUGAGGAGACAGGGAAGGUAAAUAGGGAGCCAGGGUGCUUUUCAGUUGCGGAAGAUGGGUUAUGACAGGUGUGUUUGGUGUGUCUGGGUCACUAAUUAGCCCCGCAGCCCUGCGAAACUCAACGAUCUGGGCUUUACCUCAGCUAACAUGGAUAUUUUUAUGGGUAUACGAGUUCAUCUGUGAAACGAGGUUGUUCACUCUUAAAGGUUCAUUCUAGCUCGAACAUCUUUGAACGCGCCUGGCAAAGCCUUGGAGAGGUGCUUAACAACUGCAGUUUGUUAAGUGAGUGAGCCUCGUGAUACCCGGAGAAAGCAAACAAUUGCGUUCGUUAGCAAUACGUCGGAUGCUUUCCAGCUAUAUUUUUCACUAGCUCUAAUAUUUAUGCUUCUUGGGGAAAAGGUGGAAAUUUGGGUGGAAAGGUGAAAAAGGCACCAAAUAGUCUUCGUUUCCAGGAGCAAGCCAAAUUUUCUCCCCUAAAGAAGCUUAAGGAAGUAAUCCAACUCCGGUUCGGGGGAUAAUCCAAUCCGCAGUUUUCCCCUUACUUUGGCUCUUCGCCGGUUUUAUUACUUGCGAAGGGGAGACAUUGGCCAGCCCUACGCGAGGCCAUCUAGUCCACGGUCUCCCAGGAAGGCGGGACCGAAGCUCAGGAGUUGAGAGCAAAGGGCAAGAAGUACCGGGUGCCGGCCAACAAGAGCGGGCUUCGCAGAACCACAACUCCCGGCCUGCCCUGCGGAAUACAUCGAAAGUGGUUGGUUGGGAGCUCUAGCACCAUUGCCCCUCUGGCCAAUGGGAUGGAGGAGAGAGGCCUGACCCCGAUUCUCGGGAACCAAUGGCAGUACAAAGGAGGCGGGUGCUUCCUUACUACUCACCUUGCCCCUCAGAAUAAACCACUUCUAAGAGGUUGUGUUGGUCCAGAUUCUCGCAGGCAGCGAGACCAGAGCCGGAAAGUGCGGCGGCGUCCCUCGAAAGCUGGUCCAGGGGCAUCCCGGUCUUUGAGAGGCGCGCUCCGGACGCCCUAGGGGGCGGGGACAGGGGUGGAGCCUGGCCUCGUUGUGAAGCUGCUCGUAAUCCAUCAUGGCGGCCGCGGGGGUCGAUGUCUUUCCCUGAGCAGCGCUGGAGCCGGAGCCGGUUCCCGGGUCCUGCAGCUGAGGAGCCCCUCCGUUGUCUACAGCCCCUCCCGGCGGGGGGAGGCUGGGUCCCGCGGCCGAACUCGGGGGAUGUGACUGCCUGGCGGCGGCGGCAGCCGUGGCAACGUCCGGGGCCGAGGGAGGGGGUGUCUCGGGCUGAGCCCCCUAGGCUCGGGGCAGCUGAGGCGGCCGGGCCUCCUUAGCCCCUACACCGGCUUCCGACUUCGGGGCCGCGAGGGUACUUAGUCCCAUACAGCCCGUCCGGGCUUCUCGGGUACUGGGGGUGGCCUCUGCUCCCCUCCAGACCUGAAACACCCCGUUUACUGAGAGGUGGAGGAGCAUCGCCCCGGAGUAAACCGCCGGUGCCCCGACCCGGCAGCUUCCUUACUCCCAAGCCGCCUCUUGCUCCCAUUCCCGGUCCCAGGUUUGGCCGUGGAGCUCCCCCCAGAUUCCGAUUCCCUCUCUGCUGUCAAGUGACCUCUCCUUCCCCCCAGGUUGCUCCUGCAAGCCUCUAAUGCCCUGA